AUGCCUGAAUCGGAAAAGGAAAAUACUACUGAAAUGAUUCACGAACUAUUGGAAUCAAAGAUAGGAAUAACCGACGCGCGCAAUACAGUAAAGAUUGAUCGAUCACACAGAAUUGGCAGAAAGAGAGACGGAGAUCGAAAGCCAAGACCAAUAGUGGUCAAAUUCAAUUAUCAUCAAGACCGGGAAUUUGUGCGACUCAAUGCAAAAAAGCUGAGAGGAACAAGAAUAGGAAUAUCCGAGCAGUUUCCCGAAGAAAUUGAAAACAUCCGUAAAACCUUAUAUCCCGAACUAAAGAAAGCAAAAUUAGAAGGUAAAAGAGCAAAAAUUGUUCGAGAUAAACUCAUUAUUGAAG